GGGCCACUUAGGCUCCGAGGGGUGCAGACACUCGGCCGUCGCUCCGUCCCGCCGCGUCCCGCCGCCCGCACCUGCCGCCCCGCGCAGCAGCCCGGCCCCAGCAUGACGGACCAGGCGGCCUUCGACACGGAUAUCGUCACCCUGACCCGCUUCGUCAUGGAGGAGGGCAGGAAGGCCCGCGGCACGGGCGAGAUGACCCAGCUGCUCAACUCGCUCUGCACCGCGGUCAAAGCCAUCUCCACGGCCGUGCGCAAGGCGGGCAUUGCGCACCUCUAUGGAAUUGCUGGCUCCACCAACGUGACGGGUGAUCAGGUGAAGAAGCUGGAUGUCCUCUCCAAUGACCUGGUUGUUAACGUGUUAAAGUCAUCCUUUGCCACCUGUGUUCUUGUGUCGGAAGAAGACAAACACGCCAUAAUAGUAGAACCUGAGAAAAGGGGUAAAUAUGUGGUCUGUUUUGAUCCCCUGGAUGGAUCUUCCAACAUCGACUGCCUUGUGUCCAUUGGAACCAUUUUUGGCAUCUACAGAAAGAAUUCUACUGAUGAGCCUUCUGAGAAGGAUGCUCUGCAGCCAGGCCGGAACCUGGUGGCUGCCGGCUAUGCUCUCUACGGCAGUGCCACCAUGUUGGUCCUGGCCAUGGUGAAUGGUGUCAACUGCUUUAUGCUGGACCCGGUCUUGCUGCAGUCUUACAUAUGUCUGCCCUCCUUAUUUCUGUAUGGUGUCUUUCUUGUUUUACUGAAACCAUUUGAAAAUGAAGUCAACAGUCUCCUCUGCCCCGACGACGUCUGCAGCACUGUCGUCUCAGCCUCCCGCGUGUCCUCUCCACUCGUCCUCAGCACAUGCAUCGUCCCUCGCCAGUCCACAGUUCUUGGAGAGGCCAUUGGAGAGUUCAUUUUGGUGGACAGGGAUGUGAAGAUCAAAAAGAAAGGGAGCAUCUACAGUCUCAAUGAGGGCUACGCCAAGGACUUUGACCCUGCCGUCGCUGAGUACGUCCAGAGAAAGAAGUUCCCCCCAGAUAACUCGGCCCCCUACGGUGCCAGGUACGUGGGCUCCAUGGUGGCCGAUGUACACCGCACCCUGGUCUAUGGAGGGAUCUUCCUGUACCCAGCGAACAAGAAGAGCCCCAAUGGAAAGUUGAGACUACUAUACGAGUGUAACCCGAUGGCCUAUGUCAUGGAGAAGGCAGGAGGAUUGGCUACCACCGGGAAGGAAGCUGUACUGGAUGUCGUUCCCACUGAUAUCCACCAGAGGGCGCCAGUCAUCCUGGGGUCCCCUGAAGACGUGACCGAGUUCCUGGAGAUAUAUAAGAAGCACGCUGCCAAAUGAAGAGCUGGCCUUGCCCAAACCAAAAAGAAUUGCCUUUUAUUUGGUCCUUUUAUCUCACAUGGUGCUACUCCAUUCUGACUAUGCAUCACAUUCCUAGACAGUAGAAAUAAAAAGCACGGAUAUUUUCACCAUCAAAUGCCGUGUAAUGCCUGGCACCGCCUACCUAAAUGCUAUCUCGAUAAGGCCACUGAUGGUCAAGAUAUAUUUUCAGUGGAUAGAGGAGAAAUAAACAUAUUCUUCCUUUUUCUAAAAAAAAAAGUCUU